UCAAGGAAAGAGACCUCAAUUAAAAGCUUGACCAUCCAACAUCCUUUUUACCAAGGGGAUAAUAACACCAUUUUGCCUAUUCCACUGGUAUUUCCUGAUGCUGCUGGCCACGGCUACUACAAUUGUCACUGCCAAUCACUUGUAGUUGAAGAGGGUGCUUAUUUCUGGAGCUUCUAUUGAGGAUCAUUGAGAACAAAAUGUCUCCAAACGAGUGGGAAUGACUUUAUGAUGGAAAACAGCAACUAAAUAGUGAAUGCUGACCAGCAAAGUGUCUCUGAACAAAAAAGAGAUCAUGAGAUUGCCCAAUUACACUCUGAACAUCUGCUCCUCAUGAGUAAACUGCAAAUUUUGCAUUUGGUUUAUGAGUUGAGCAGCUGGGACUUGAGGGAUUCCAUCUAUGCUCAUGCCUGUAAUGUAGCCACUAAUGGACACAAAGUUCAGCCAAGCUUCAUUUCUUCAAUAUUUUUGGAUCUCAUGAAUUUGCAGCUAAGAGAGAUUUUCUGAGCAUCAGGAUAAAAUUUUAAUGAAUGAAGAACUUGGACAAAGAAAAGUAUAAUAGUUUCAUAUUUGAGAGAUGUGAAAAUGCCAGCAGUUGAGAGCGAAGCCAAGGCAAAAACAAAGGUUCGUUUUGAAGAAAUAUUCAAGAAUCAUUCUGGUCUAAUUGAUAAAAAGAAAAUUAAAAAAAAACAGAUAAGCAUCCCAGAGAAUAUUGUGCUGGAGACAUUAAAAAAUCAUCUGACCAAAGGAAGUGAAAAUGAGCCAAUUAUAAACCAAACGUAUAACCCCGAGGAAAGUAGUCCGCGGAUCCCAAAACGUACGUUGAGAGAUAAAGCAUCCAUUGAAGAAGAAACAAACAAUGUUGUUAGCAAAGGGGAAAGCAAGCAAGUUGGGCUUCAGAAGAAGAAAAAGGCAGCCCUACAGAAACAACUUAAUGAGGAAGAAAAGGUAUCUGAAACCAAGUUAGAUAGUUCUGAAAAGCAGAUUCAAGUUUUUACAAAGAAAAAAACAGGAAGCGUAUUGCAGGCAGAUGCAGUUCACUGGGAAGGGGACAGCAACGUGAAAGGUGCCUUGAGUGGACUGCGAGACAGAUCUGGAUUAGAUGAGGAAGAAGAACAGUUAAUUCAAGCCUAUGAACAGCAAGUGGCUGAGGAAGAAGCAAGUGCAAUUAAGAAAAAAAUAAAAAAGAAACUGAAAGAACAGAUGUCUGAAUUCAUUCCCAGCGCUCAAAGCCACGAAACAAUGUUGAACAGUGAAGUGAGAAAAAAGAAGAAAAAGAAAAAAGAAGUACUGGUUUCCUCUGAAUCUCAAACUAGUGCAAUGUCCCUCUCUGAAUUGCAACAUGAGCCAGAGGAAGAAAAUACCAAGAAAAAGAGAUCUUUGGAAAAGCCAUUUGUAUCCAAAUUUGAAGAAGGUGACCUGUUAAUAGAGCAGGAAACUAAAGGCAAAAAAGCAAAAAGAAAAUCCCCAAAAGCUCCAGAAGAAGAUACUGAAAACAUGAAAGAAAAUACCUUACACAUGACUGCUGGGAAUCUUUCACAAGAAUCAAAACCUGAUUUUGAUGAUAACCUUGUUUUAGGGGUUUAUAUCCAUCGAACUGAUCGACUUAAAACUGAUUUUAUGGUAUCCCAUCCAAUGGUUAAGGUUCAUGUGAUCGAUGUGAAAACUGGUUUAUAUGUGAAGAAAGAGAAUAGCAGUCGACAAGUUUCAUCCUUCUAUGAACAAGAGAAAGUGGGGCAUAUUCUUCCUAUUAUGACCCAGCCUUACGAUUUCAGACAGUUUAAAUCAACACUACCAGAAUGGGAGGAACAAAUACUAUUCAAUGAACGUUUUAACUAUUUUCUCCAAGAUGCUGAAGGGAGCCCCAAAGUAAUUCUGUUUUUUGAGAUCCUUGAUUUUUUGAGCAUGAAUGACGCAAAGGCCAAUUUUGAUAUUCAAGCUCAGGAAAGCGGCUUUCGGAAAAUCUGUUGGGCAUUUCUAAAGCUUGUUGGUGCAAAUAGAGUUCUGAACAUUGGUGGAAAAGUACGUCUUCAGUUGUACUCGCCUCCUCGAAGGACCAGGUCACAACUGCAUGUUGUGGAAGUUUACGACUGGUGGGCAAAAUGUCCUAGAAACAAUUAUCCUUCAACAUUGUAUGUGACUGUAAAAGGCAUUAAACUUCCCGAUCAUGUAAACCCUUCUUUGCGAUCUAUGAUGGCUAUUCAGCAAGAAUAUCAUAGCACAUCAUUCUUGGAUCUACAAAAUGAUACAUCCAAAACAAUACUGAAUUCUGGAAGUCAAGUGAAAAAGGAAGAACCAUUUAAGUGGUCAAAAUUUCCUGGACAGGUGUGUCGAUUGCCAAACAAGUACCUUUUUUCCUUAAAAACAGGAGACAUGGGAUGUUUCUGUAUUCGUUUCUCUGAAGAUGGACGAACAUUAGCAGCAGGUUGUGCAGGAAGAGAUGGUUAUCCUGUUGUUUUGUAUGAGAUUCCUUCAGGGUGCUACCUAAGGGAGUUCUAUGGACAUCUGAACAUUGUGUAUGAUCUUUGUUGGUCAAAGGAUAAUCAGCAUCUUCUUACUGCUUCCUCAGAUGGUACUGCAAGAAUGUGGAAAAUUGAAGCCCAGGCUACAUCAGCCACCAAAAUUUUCCCACAUCCUUCAUUUGUCUAUGCUGCAAAAUUCCACCCAGUAGCUGAGUACCUCGUUGUAACUGGAUGUUAUGAUUCUGUGAUUAGAGUCUGGAAUGCAAAAGUAAAGGAAAUUAAUGGGCAGCUUUUGCAAGAAUUUGAUGGCCACAAAAGUUUUAUCAAUACAUUGUGUUUUGAUGCUGAAGGAUUUCACAUGUUUUCUGGAGAUGGCACAGGGUUAAUAAUUAUCUGGAAUACUUUUGUUAAAGAAAAUUCUCAGUCACCAAUUCAACACUGGGGCAUUGAUAAGGAAAUAAAUGAUGGUGACAUUAAAGGAACAGCAAUAAAUUAUUUGGAGGUACACCCAAAUGGAAGGCGUUUACUUAUCCACACUAAGGACAGUACUGUAAGAAUUAUGGAUCUUCGAAUCUUAGCUACAAAGAAAUAUAUUGGUGCUACCAACUAUCGAGAAAAAAUUCAUAGCACCUUAACGCCAUGUGGAACAUUCCUUUUUUCUGGAAGUGAAGAUGGCGCGGCAUAUGUUUGGAAUUUAGAAACAGGUGAUCAGGUAGCUAUGUAUCCUGAUCUUUCUUUCACUUCCCCACUUCGUGAUGUUGCUUUCCACCCACUUGAACAUAUGGUGGCAUUUUGUGCCUUUGGUCAAAACCAGCCAAUCCUUGUGUACAUUUAUGAUUACAAAGUUGCCAAGCAGGGGAUUGAGACAGCAAAGGAACUGAAUGGAUUACAACUAACCAAGUCCCCCAGAAGCCCACAGACUCUCAGCAUGCCUGCCAGGGCUCCUGCACAGAAGAAUUUGAUGAUGUCAGCUGACCAGUUUGCAACUGUUGCAAGAACAUCAAUGAGGAUGCAAAGAGUCAAACAAAAGCUGGACUCCGUUAUGGCCAGUUCCAGUCCAAUGCUUCCCAGCCAAUCUCUGCUAUCACCACACCCCAGAUUAAGACUAACAAACAAUCUAGGUGUAUCAGUGAUUCCACCUUAUCCUCUUCCUACUAAACAUGGCAGCUUCAUCCCAAUAGGAAAUGCUUUCAGCCAAACACCAUCAGCCGGACUACACUCGAACACUAAUUUUACAGCUUCAUCAUAUGCCAGAGGAGAUGCUAAUUCAAUCUCCGUCCAGGAAACAGUAGUGGCUCUUUAUGACUACACAGCACAUCGAUCAGAUGAGUUAACCAUCCACUGCAAUGACAUUAUCCAAGUGUUGUACAAAGAUAAUGAUAACUGGUGGUUUGGCAGUCUGGCGAAUGGACAGCAAGGCUAUUUUCCAGCCAGUUAUGUGGUUGGAGAAACACAAUAUGAACAACAGCAAUCUAAAGUAUUAGCAGAAGAAUCUAUUCUUGAAUCCAAUGAAUUUGUAAAAGUAACAUCACCAGCUGUGCCUGAGAUGCUAGCAGAUACUAGCAAGUUGGGAGACCAAAGAUUUAAUUCAGUGAAUGACACAGACUACCUGGCUGAACAAAUUACCUGUGGACAAACACAGAAGGGCGUGGAUACAGAGGAACAAGAAUAUAAGGCAAAUGAUCGCAUCCCAUUCAAUGAUGUUGAGGAUGAGCCUAAGAAAAACAGGAAGAAAAGAAAGAAAGGGAUGGUGAAAAGCACUAGUAGAAAGGGAACAUCAGAUGAUGGCUUCCUGUUGAAUUAUCCAGCAGUAUAGUGCCCAUCAUGUUCGUGGCUGUGAGUUUCAUGGCUUAAAAGUACAUGGAAAAUAAUGGAAUUAUUGCUCGUUUUGGAAUGAUAAUCCCAUAUAUUUGAAAACUUGAAAUAUUGUUCAAUAUAUAGAUUUAUUCUAAGCCAAUUUAGAGUUAUCAUGAUGUGGGGAGGCCAAGGAACUAAGAAGAAAAAUAUGUUCUGAAAAUUCCAGUAAAACUUAACCUGAGUUAAAAUUUUAAUAAUGGCUGAGUUUAAACAAAUUUGCUGUCUAAAGUAAUGAAAUUUCCAGAAUUUUAUUGAAGCUCUUCAGGUCACUGAAACAAAGCAGUCCAGUUUGCUAAAAAUUGAAGAAUACCAUGAUGGGUAAAGACAUGAGCUUAAAAUUCCUUAUAGUCUAUGAAUAAAAAUCAACCAGCUUAAUUGCGAUAGAAACACUAUAUUCUAGAAAGUCUUGUUUUGAUACACUGUUCAUAAAAGAAUGCAAUAUCAAAUGCUUGUAUCUGAUUGUGAUGGAGUUUAAUUUUAAAAUAAUCAGCUCAAUGUGUGAUUUUAUUAUUCCUGCUAUACACUUAAAUAAGAUUAGCCACUGCAACAGCCUCUCAUACUGAAGUUUUUGAAGAGAACGAAUUAUAAGAAAACUAUAUUGUAAAAGGGAGUAUGUAUCUCUACCAAGAGUUGGUAACUUUUUGUAUGUUAACUUUUAAAAAGUAAUAAAAUUGAUAUAUAUUUUGAUAUAUAUUUUUAAUGUGAACGAAUUUGCAAAAUUCAUGUUAUAAAUUUGUAAAGGCAUUUUUUUCUGCUUUUAAAGCCCCCUUGACUGUUUUUUUCUACUCUUUAGAAAAAUAAUUUGACAUCUGUAUAUGAGUGAGAUAUGUUUUUAGGCAGCACAUGUUUGUGUUCAGGUGUAACUGUUUUCAAAU